AAAUGAUAACAAGGCAGUACGGUUGCGCGUAUCAUUUGAAACUGCAAAAUGUAUGUGGGUGGUUGUUUGUUCCUAAUUACUAUUGUGGCAUCCUGUUCUACCUUUUCAUUUGCUGAAAAUCUUCCACCCAAAGAGAGAGAAAAGCGUCAUAUUUUGCCACUACUUGGGUUCUUGGAAGGAUAUAAAAUAGGUCAAAAUUUUGCCCUGCAAUUGCCACCCUACGUGCUAUCACCAAUAUUUGUGCUUCCACCAUUUAAUCAACUACACAGUGUUCAUAUCCAUGAAAGUAAUUCUGAUGACAGUUACGAUGAAAAUGGUGGAACAGUUCAAAUUAUUUCUCCAGCUAAACUGGUUCUAGAAGAUUCCAACAAAGCACAUAAUAACACAAAUGAUGAAGCGGCGGAAGAACUUGGUAACGAUUGCGACAAAGAUAGUUCAGAAGGAGACACAUUUAGGCAAAAUACUGCUGAAAAUAAUACGACGCUCGAAAUAACAAAUGAAAAUAGUUUAGGUACAACUGAAAGUACAGACAGUACCACUGUAACAGACAGUUUAGAUGCAAAUGAAACAACACUAGAUCUAGGACCAUAUCCAACUGCAAUUUAUAAAAAUGAUGGAGUUAAUACUGUUACAUUUACUGAAACCCCAAUUCAUAAUAAUCUCAUGCUUCCAUCGUUGGAAAAUGAUUGGCAAAAUUUUUGCUCGGAGAACAGCACCGAUCAGAAUAAUUAUAUUGAAGAAAAUAUUGAAAGCAGAAGUGAUGCAUCUUGGCAUAACGCAGUUAUAUAUCCAACUCAACCAUCAAAUUACAAUAGUUAUAAUCAAUAUCCAUAUUAUCCUACAAACAACCAUGUGGAGAAUUCAUAUAACCCUGAAGGUCCAGACUUAGAAUAUUCAAAAAUUGAUCCGUGGCAAACAUCGGGAAAGUAUCAAUUAACUUCUCAAUUUCGACCUCUAGCAGGAUUGUAUUAUGAUGGGUAUCUACAGCAACAAACAAUAAAAAAUACGGGGUUUGUUCCUUAUAACAAUAACUAUUACCAAUAUAAAUAAUGCAACAGAUUAUAUAAAGCAAAAUGUAGCUCAUACUAAGCUCGACGUAAUAUUCAUUUGUUGUCAAAGCGAGAUACCAGACUGUCAUUUGUGACUCCGUUCUUUAAUGAUGCAGGUUACACACGAUAUUGUACAAAUGUCGUAUAUCAUAAAUUUCAUAGCGAUCGACGCAUAAAUCUGAACAAUGGCAGUAAAUGUAACCGAUGUAACUUUACAGGGCUCUUCAAUCGCAAUUGUCAGAAUAUACUCGUAAAACAAACAUCAGCUUUUGUAUUGCUGCUCGUGGGUGAUAUUGUUAUGUGAAUCGUUAGCAAAUGAAUGUUAGUUUUAUUGUCAGAGAUGUAAUGUGAUAGCCAUUAGGCUGAAUGUAUUGGAAAAUAAAUCUAAUAAUUUAUACGUUGACUAACAGAUACAGUAACGGUUCAUUGUUUUGAAAGCAAGAUAAUGCAAUAGUUAGACUUUGUAAUUUAUUAUUACUUUUUUAAUAACGAAGCACGAAAAAAUUCAAUCUGUACUAAAUAAAUCGUAUUUUUUUAUUGAUUUUUCCUUUGUUGUGUUAUUUCAACCAAAUAGGUAAUUAAAUUUUUUUCUGUAGUAUAAA